ACAUAUUAAAUAAUUCAGCCACACACCACUGCCGUGUACUGUUUGUUUUGUUCUCUUCUCGGUCACUCACAGAUUUGAGUCCCAGUUCGCACCAAAGUCGCUUUCACACUGAUUUCAUUCACCACCUGAAGUGUCAACAUGUCUACAGAGAAGUGUUUCGCCAAAGGAAGUGCUGCACCUGGUCCAGUGCCCAGCGACCACAUCAGACUUUACAGCAUGAGAUUCUGCCCCUUCGCCCACCGGACCAGAUUAGUGCUGAGUGCCAAAGGGAUCAAGCAUGACACCAUCAACAUUAAUCUGAAAAACAAACCUGAAUGGUUCCUUGAGAAGAAUCCUCUUGGCCUUGUCCCAACACUGGAGACUACCGCUGGCGAGGUGAUAUACGAGUCCCCCAUCACCUGUGACUACCUGGAUGAAGUUUACCCUGAGAAGAAGCUGCUUCCCUCCUCUCCUUUUGGUAAAGCUCAGCAGAGGAUGAUGCUGGAGCAUUUUUCCAAGGUAACACCAUACUUCUACAAGAUCCCAAUGGGGAGAAGGAAUGGUGACGAUGUCUCAGCACUUGAAGCUGAACUUAAAGAGAAGUUUGCCAAAUUAAAUGAGGACCUGGUUAAUAAGAAGACCAAGUUCUUUGCUGGUGACUCCAUCACAAUGAUCGACUACAUGAUGUGGCCGUGGUUCGAGAGGCUGGAGAUCUUUGAACUCAAACACUGCCUUGACGGCACACCUGAGCUGAAGAAGUGGACAGAGCGCAUGUUGGAGGACGCAGCUGUCAAAGCCACCAUGCACAGUUUGGACACGUACAAGGCCUUCUACAAGACUUUCAUCGAGGGGAAACCUGACUACGACUAUGGCCUGUAGAAAAGAAGUGAGCAAAACCCCAAACCUUAAACCGUCCCAUAUGUUAAAUCCUGUCUGUUUUUUUGUUUAUGGUUAUUUUGGAGUCAUGUCUGUUCUUCUAGAUUUGAUGUACAAGGAAAACAUACCAUAGCAAUGCCUUAAAAUGGGACACAGUAAGAAAGUUUUUAUUUGACAUUUUUUUGUUGUUUAAAAAAGAUAUAUGAACCAUAAUGGGAAUGAGGUACAGUGACGUCAGUAUGACUCAAGGUGUUUUCAAUGAUGCGGCACUUUUUCUAAUAAAAAUUGUAGAAGUAA